AUGGUCGGCUUCCUCUCCUCGCCCCAUGACGCUUCCGAGCUCGUCGCUAGCCUCAACACUCUUCUCCAUGCCCUCGACGUUUCACAUACGCUCACCUCUCCUCAGGAGCUCACACCCUCUCUUCUGCUCACCAUCCUCGAGGCGCUUCUCCCCGCCCCUCUUGACAUCCCCCUCUCGCUCCGACACGCACACGACACGCCGUCCAAGAUGCAGGCGGUGAAGGUGUUUCUGGGCGUGUUGGGCGGCGAUGUGAUCCAGCGCGACGUCGGUCUUAGCAAGGUCGACCCGCGCAGGCUUGCCAGGGGCGCGUGGGAGGAGGUCGUGUUCGUCGGUGAGCUGCUCUGUUGGUUGGCCAGGCUUAAAGGAAUCAUACCCGCAGACACAAGUGCGGACCUUGCGGUGGAGGAUCUCCCUGCUCCCUUGAGGCGGCGGGCAGGAGAGAGCCACGGUCUUAUGCGUGCGCAUACGCGCUCUGGCUCUCUAUCAACACGGUCGACAAUGACGUCCGUCAACGACUCGCACCCGUCCAGCUCUCGGACAGGUCUCAUCGAUUCAGACACGACGGACACCUCCCUCGGAUCUGAGCCUCUCCUCCAACCUCCUCAGCCUCGUGCUCACGAGCUCGUUACGCCCUCCCCUCCUCCAUCAUCCUACCGUCCCUCCCGCCCACGCUGCAUCCACGAAGUCAACUCCUCCUCUAGGACAGCCCCCUCCCAGGCGUCACAGUCAACAGACAGCCGUUCCUCACGCUCACGCUUGGCCACCCACCCAUUCGACGACUCCUAUUCAUGCUCAUGCUCUACUUCCUUCUCCCGGUUCUCACCACAGACACCCGCCAGCAAUGAGCACGACCUGCUCGACUUUACUCCACCCAGCUCGAGCACUCCCCAUGUGCGCUAUUCUGGCUUGAUACAUCGCAUCGACGACCAGUCUGAGCUACAUUCGUUCGAGGCCAGCGAGCAAGGGAAGCCACAUUCUUCCGGGACGCCGCAGCGCUUCAUGCCGGUGACGAAGCACAACUCGCCCGCGGAGUAUACCGUUGCGCUUCUUAGAGAGCGGGCGAAGUUGUUGACGGAGCUGGCUCAAUUGAAGACUUCGCCAAGGAAUGGAGGAUGA